AUGGCUGGAGAAAAUGUGGAAGCGUUAAACUGUACAGUGUCAUUUACCGAUAAAGCCCGUAUCAAGCAAAUCACAUUGAGAGGUACCGUUGCGGGGCUAGGUAUUGGGUCUUUGGUACUGAUAUCAAAUUUUCAAUUCGGGUUGCAAACGGGUUGGGUUUCCAUGAUGUCGCUGCCUUCAGCGCUUUUGGCAUGUGCAAUUUUCCGACAAUUGUGGCCUAUCUUCUUCACCAACUCUGAACCGUUUACUGAUGUGGAGAACGUUUAUAUACAGUCAGCAGCGAUCGCCGUCGGUACUGGUCCUCUCGCAUUCGGGUUUGUAGGCGUUAUACCCGCAAUCGAGCAUUUCUUAACACCAGAGGAGUCGGGUGGAACCAGGACGAGCGGCGAACGGUUUACAUUCGUUCAGCUGUUUAUUUGGUCUUUGGCUUUGGCUUUUUUUGGUGUUUUCUUUGCCGUGCCGCUGCGUAAGCAGGUAAUAGUGAGAGAAAAGCUGCCAUUCCCGAGCGGUAGCGCAACUGCGACGCUUAUAGCCAUGCUCAAUAAGUCCGAAAUCCUGCAGGAAAUCUCACCAAAAGAACUGGAACAAAUGAGAGCCAAAAGACUAGGAGAGUAUAGCGAAGUGUUGAUCACAGAUUCUCUGCUCAUGAGGACGCCGCCAGAAAGAUCACCAGACUAUACGCAAUCCAGCAGGGCUCACCAAAACCAAGAGGCAAGUGUUGUCAACAAUUCUGCACCUCACUUGAAUGCGUCUGCGGUAGGUAAUGGGUCGUACAAUUCCUUACCUGGGUAUGACGAUUCCAGCUACGACAAAAAUAUCAGUCUAUUGAGCCGGACUUUCAUGGUCUCAUCAGCCUAUACAAUACUGUCUUACUUUCUACCAUUGAUUAAAGCAGUUCCAGUCUUCGGAAAUCAUUUGUCGAAGACCUAUUUAUGGAACUUCCAACCGUCACCUGCUUACAUUGGCCAGGGCAUCAUUAUGGGAUUGCCAACGGUCACAUAUAUGUUGAUUGGAUGCUUUUUGGGCUGGGGGAUUUUAGCACCUUUGGCACGGUACAAAGGCUGGGUUGACCCCGAUGCUGAUGUCAACGAUUGGGAAAAGGGUAUACAGGGCUGGAUCUUGUGGUCCUCCUUGGCGGUUAUGGUGGUGGAUUCUGUGGUUGGAUUCGUGGUAUUUACCACCAAGUCAACGUUGAGCUUUUGCUUGCGAAACAACAAAAAGGAUUUACUAGAAUCUAUGUGGGAUGAUUCUAUGGAAUCUAUGUUACUGGAGGAAGAGCAGCUAAUUAAUCGGGCUACCAACCAGGGCCGAAGAGGCAGCACCGUCAAACUCGUUAGCACUCAAAUCGACCACGAAGUUGAUUCAAAACAUUUGAUCAAGUAUACAACGGUGAUCAGCGGUCUAAUUGUGUCGUCAUUAAUAUGCGUGGUUUCUAUGAUAUAUCUUUUCGGAUCUCAAAUUCUACCAGUUUCGUCCAUGAUAAUGGCACUCAUCCUUGCCCUUUUCCUUUCGAUUCUGGCAGUGAGAGCACUAGGAGAAACCGAUUUAAAUCCUGUCAGCGGUAUAGGGAAACUUUCGCAGUUAAUUUUUGCCGUAAUUACACCGCCCGACAGGAAAGGAGCCGUUCUUUUGAAUUUAGUGGCAGGCGGUAUUGCAGAGGCAGGAGCUCAACAGGCGGGUGACCUCAUGCAAGAUUUAAAAACUGGCCAUUUAUUAGGUGCAUCACCAAAGGCUCAAUUUGUUGCGCAAAUGAUUGGAGCUACAUGGUCAAUUUUUUUAUCGAGCAUCAUGUACAUUUUCUACAAUCGCGUCUAUGAGAUACCGAGCACGCAAUUUAGGAUUCCGACAGCCGCGAUUUGGAUCGACUGCGCAAGACUGGUGACGGGACAAGGAUUACCUGAAAAAGCGGUAGAGACGUCAAUCAUUUUGGGUUCUAUUUGGGCAAUUAUUUCACUCGUAAAGAACAUUUACCGCGAUAAAGGUUUCGACUGGCUUGUAUUGCUACCUUCAGGAGUCGCAGUAGGAGUUGGCGUUUAUAAUUCUCCAAGCUUUACCAUAGCCAGGUUUAUUGGAGGGUGUGUGGCCCAUUACUGGCUCAGAACGCAUUCCAGGGACGGUUCGGCGAAGACGAGUAUGAUCGUCUUCAGUUCAGGACUUGUUCUUGGCGAGGGAGUUUGCAGCAUUUUCAACAUGAUUUUCACGAGCUUAAACGUACCACAUUUAUAG